GCAGGCUCAUCCAUCGUGGUAAAGUCCGAACCGUGCACCGUCGUGAUACCGCCUAUGCGCAACCAGAGAGCGAAACGCCAGACUAAACGCCAGUCGGUGGCUCAGGCUCAGGCAGAAGGACAGGAGUCUGCCAGUGCGCCUGCUGCACCGGAACGUAAGCAGCCCGCUCGAGCCUCAAAGCGUGAUGUCAAAUAUGUCAUCGCACUGGACCUCAAUGACUCGGCUGACGAGACCGCUCCUGUGGCGUCUACCUCACAACAACCCGUGCCAAUGGACGUCGAUACACCUCCCCCGGCUUCAGCAGUCAAGAAGCCUACAAGAACUCGUACGAAAAAGGAGGAGAAAGAGCCUCUUAUACCUACUUCCCCUCUGACCCCCAAGAAAGCGGCAGCCUCAGGAUCUAAAGGUAGAGCAGCACGCGCUGCCGCUGCGGCUUCGACAUCCGCCUCGGCCCCUGUACCUGCUCCUACGAACACAUCUGCAUCGAUUUCCUCACCCUCGAAACCUACUCCAUCAAUAUCAGCCGUUCCCUCGUCGUCCUCUACAUCCCUCAAGAUACGUCUGCCUCGUCUCGCGGACAUCAAUUUCGGUGCUCAUGCGACUCAUGCGAAUUCGAACUCGAACUUCAAGUCUACGUCAGGUGCUGGUUCGUCCAGCACGGGUGCUGCUGCGAGCAAAGUUAAUGGUGCUGGUGUGGCGGCGAGACCGAGGAGGUCGUUGAGGAGACAAGAUUCGACGCCGGCUUCGACUUCGACUUCGCUCUCGAGAGUGGAUGGGGAUAUGCAAUAGCAAUGACAGAAGAGCGAUAGUUUUCCGGUUCACAAUUUUCGGGACAGAAGGGGUAUGUCAUGAUACAUGAUUAUAUGGUAUGCCAUAUGCGGCGAAUUUUUUGUCUUGCGCCGUACGCUCAUGUCGGACCAAGCACAUUCGGUGUGGGUGCUACUUAUUCGACGCGCGUACCUUCGACAGUCGCAUAGGAUGGUUUAUGGGUAGCUUAUGCGUCUUGGAUGCAUAUGAGUGUAUGGGAUAUGUAACGGAGGUUGCGUGAUGUACAUGGCAAUGAUGCAUGAUGUUUACCAGCUUUGUUUGGAUGUUGUCUCCUGUGCUCCCGCGUUGAUACUCGUGUCUUUUUCUUCUUGGUCUGCUUUUAGAUACUUGACAUACAAUGAUCUGAGAACUUGUGAAUCUUGAAUCCU